CGCUGUCAAGAGAAGUCAACGGACGAGUUGUCUUGGCGGUAUCAUUCAGCAAAAUUAGUGAAUUAUAGCAAAAAUGCCUCCUAAAAAACGUGAUAAAGAUAAUGAAGCAACGAAAAACUCAAAGAUUGAUCAUUUACAAGCUGACCAUGAGUUAUUUUUACAAGCGUUUGAAAAGCCGACACAAAUAUACAGGUUUCUUAGAACCCGAAAUAUGCUAUCGCCUAUAUUCUUGAAUAGAACUCUGUCUUACAUGAAAAGGAGAAUGUCUCGAAGUAACAAGAGCCGUAUAGGAUUUAAAGUUGACACUUUACUGGAAAAACAGACUUUACGAAAAAGUACUGAUGUCCAACCCAACAGCCUUGGUGGCUUCAUGACUCUCACAUUCCUCGGCUUCUAUGACAAGAGCCUUGAAGACCCUCGGGAUUACCAAGUUAAAGUUGAGACAUUGUUGCUGAAAAUUUGUCACAAAAAGAGGAAAGAAAGUUCAUCGGCUAUCAUUGAAGUUUCUGUUGGUAGCUGUUCAGUACCAUUAAACCCUUCAUCAGCGGAGCCACCAGCGAUGGCGUCGGCUGUGAGCAUCUCCAGUGACACAUUCAGCCCCUCGCAGGGCCCCAAUGUCAAGUCCUACAUGCUCAUGCUACGAGUCACUGUCACCAUGGCAUCAGCCACCAAUGGACACGCCUCUUCGUCCUCUAGUGAACUUACUAAUGGUGAUGCUGAAGAACCAGCAACAAAAAGACUGAAAUCAUCAUCAGAACAGCAUUUAAACUCCAACGGCUCAUCGCACAAUGGCACCAGCGAGGUCAAAUGGUGCAAGUUGUACGGCAGCGAGCUGAUAGUCUACGACAAGCACAACCGCUGCCUGCUCACCAACGGGGAGUAUGACCUGGUGCUGCAUGAUGCUGGCCCCGGAGCACGGAGCCCCAUCCCCAAGUCUCCGCAUAAAGCGCUCAUGGCGCAGUGGGAGACAAUUCCUAAUGAAAAUGAGCUUCAGACUGAAACAAACCCUUUUGACAUAUUUAAAGUUAAGCCCCUACUCAAACUAAAGUUAAGCUGGAGUCAAGAACCGACCAACGGACUCGUGAACAGACCUAAGCUGUAUCAGCAAACUAGUGAAAAUGGCUCAAAGAAAGACCCGACGCCCAGCAAAGUGGAGAGAUCCUCCAGUGGAGCUCAGAGAAGCAACAGCUCUGAUGCGAAAAAUGGCGAGAAACCCAAAUCAGACACGACGGAAGACGGCAAGCGCCAGCAGAUAAUCUACCAGUUCCUGUACAACAACAACUCGCGGCAACAGACGGAGGCGUGCGACGACCUGCACUGCCCGUGGUGCUCGCUCGACUGUGGCGCCCUCUACUCGUUGUUGAAGCAUUUGAAAUUGUGCCAUUCGCGGUUCAAUUUCACUUAUUUUCCGAUCCCAGGCGGCGCGCGCAUAGACGUCUCAAUCAACGAGCUGUACGACGGCUCGUACACGGGCUCCCCGCACGACCUGAUAGCCGCCCAGGGGAGGUCAUCGACCGCCGGGCCGCGCGCCGGGCCCACUCGACGCACCUCCCUGACACAUGUACUCAUAUGGAGGCCCAGGGGACGACGCCGCCCGCAGAAACAUAGUCUAGCGGAGUUUUUAGAGCUGGAUGACAAUGAGGUGGUUGAGGCUCAGCGGCCGUAUCUGACUGGGCAUAAUAGACUGUACCACCACACGAUCACUUGCCUGCCGGUGUACCCUAACGAGCUGGACAUCGACUCGGAGAGCGAGACCGACCCGCUGUGGCUGCAACAGAAGACCAUGAUGAUGAUCGACGAGUUCACCGACGUCAAUGAGGGCGAGAAGGAGCUCAUGAAGAUGUGGAACCUGCACGUCAUGAAGUACAACUACGUGGGCGACUGCCAGAUCCCGCUCGCGUGCCAGAUGUUCCUGCAGCUUAAAGGGAAGGAACUGCUCGAGAAGAAUCUCUAUAGAAACUUCAUCUUGCAUCUGUGUUCGCUGCAUGAUUUUGGGCUGUUGAGUCCGGUGGCCAUGUACCAGACGAUGCAGAUGCUGAUACAGAUGCUGGCGGACAGUCCGGAGGCGCGCGACCGCAUGCGAGCGUCGAUCCUGGCGCAGCGCGAGCACUGGAACACGAUCGGCAAGUUCCAACAGAAGCCCGAGGCGGAGCAGAAGCCCCCGAGCAGCUCGGCCAAGCUGAACAACGUGGAGGCUUCACCAUCGGCUCGAAGGAAGACGUCAAACUUUCAGAACGCUAAUCGUAUGGGCGGCGGCAGCGUGCAGAAGACCGCUAGCGCCGCCGCGGCCGGUAAUGACACUAAGCGCAAGAUGUCGUCGGGCAGUAUUCAAAGUCGUAAGCGCUCCUCUAUAUCGGAACGGAAAAGCUCCAUAUAGCAUUCGGUUUUUAAGAAGAAAAGGGCCGGUCUCUCGAACUAGAGGCUUCUAAGUACAAUGUUUAAAGUUAUUUUAAACAAUAAUUAUUAUUAUGAUGAAUUUUUGCCCGUUUUGAGGGUUUACUGGUCACGACGUGAUUGGUCGGUUACAGUGACAUUGUUUUUAAAAUUACUAUUGUGAUUGAUCUAACGAUACUGCCGCAUAUUGUAAUUGUUAGAUAUAAGCGUAUCCAUGAAAUGGAAUAGUUUUUAUCAUUAAAUUAUGCAUUUUUAGGUUUUUUCGUUUUGUUGUUUGUGAUUAGGUCUCAUAUCGUAUUGGAGUUAUUAGUGAAAAUUUUCAGGAGUUAGGAGAUGUAGGUAGUUGAUAAAUUCUGUGAUGUAAUCAGUUUGGAACGCACUUUCUUGUUCUUUGCUACCUCAAACAGACAGUAUAUUUUUGGUAUACCUAACUGUUUAAUCUUGAAAAUAAGCUGUAAAAAUAAUUAUGAAGCGAAUGAUCAGAUUUUCCAGUGUUCUGCCCUAUUGUACGUUAUUUUGAAAAUCUAUUUCAAUAGUUGCUUCAUCAUUUUUGCUAUUGCAAUGUAUUCAUAAAAUUUGAAGUGUUCUUUAUUCCCUGUAGAAACUGACUGGAUAACUCUUAAAUUAAUAAAAAAAUAAUAUUAAUGAACAAAACAAGUGACAUGUAGAUAUUAUAAACAUAAGUGAGUAGUUUUAGCUAUAGGACUAAAACAUAACCACUGCCGCAUGACUAUACAUACAUUUAUACCUAAAAAUUGAAUUUGAAUAUUUAAUAAAGUGUUUGUAAAACUUAAACUUAAGUUUUUGGUGGUAAAAGUCUCGUUCGUUUAAGUUUUAGUCUGCAACUAGUUCGGCUAAUUUAGUUAUCUUGCACCUGUAAGGAGUUAUAGAGUGAUAGGAAUAUACUAGUGGUAGGUUAAUGAGGAAGAUGUUCAGUUAUUAUGAUUAUGAUUUUGUAUUUUUUACAAUAUUUAGUUCUAAAUACCUACUGCCAAAUGUUAGCUUAUUGCAAGACUUUCCAAACUUUCCAUAAUUUGUUUCCAUUGAAAUAUACGUAUUCCCGUUUAGUUUAAGCGCUAACUGAUAUCAUAAUUUACAAGGAGCGCUUAUUUGAAUGUAACGAUUUUCUUAUUUUUGUAUUGUUCCAUAUUAAGUUCAGAAUAAAUUUCCCGUGUACUUAUGAAUCACAAAUAAAUUAUAAUCAUAUUUUUA